GCGUGCGACCCGGCGGCAGGGAGCAGUCAAUUUAAACGCGUUGUAUCUUCUGCGUCCUCAGUGUCGAUUUCAGCUUCUCGACCGCGGGAGAUUGAAGUUCCUUUUAUACUUGCAUCGCGUUCAGUGUUCCUCAUUUUUAAUUUUCAGUGGAGUGUCGAUUGUGGGUGAAAAUGGCGGAUGUGCAGCUUAAACACACCGAAUUCAGCAACGGGGAUGCUGCUGUCAACCAACGCGUUCCACCCCCGGCCUCUCCUGGACCACAACACGCAGGUAAAACAAAACGCGUCGCUUCCUCCGGCAUUUCAAGCCCGACCUCAAGGCCCUCCUUCCGGAUCCCCAAGAUUUGCAACGAACAAUGGCUCGAGUGGUCCACGGCUAGGAGGUCCGCAACCACCGGUUCUUAGGCGUUUGGACAGCCGGUCAUCUCUGGUAACAGGUCAACGGCCCUUCGGCCCGACAUCUCCGCAAGGUCAACCGAUCAGACCUCAAGGGUUUCCGCAGCGAGCGCCGCAGCCCCAAUUGUUCCCCGGGCAAAACCAGAAUUAUCAAAAUUCCCCGGGUGGAGGGCCACCGAAACGUUUUCCUUCGGUGUCGCCGCAAGGCCAGCGACUGCAAACACCGCCGGGGCCUCGGAGUCUCGUCGCGUCCGGUCAGCAGCAACAACGUCCGUUGCAGGUCAAUCAGCAGCAACCUCUCGGUCCGAAUUCGUUACAGUAUCACGCUUCGCGUCCCCAAGUAUUCCCCCAAAGAACACCGUCCCAGAGCAGCUUCCACUCGGACUCUCCGGACGGAUCUCGACCCGGAACACCUUCGUCCGGCGGUAAAUUAUCAUCAAUUUUUCCCCAGAGGCAACUCAUGUCUGGUCCGGAGGGUCUUCCGCCUCAAACAAACUUCGAAGCUUCGCGCGAGCCACCACGGAAUGGCAUACCGAUGAAUAGCGAUUCGCCUGUGCAGCGGAGUCCGAUGGACCCGAAAAUCUCCCAGAAUACCGCGCCGGUGUCCAUGACGGCCGGUAUUCAGGGGGAGAAAUCAAACAGCGAGGAAAAAUUGGGCGGCGAAUAUGUUGGAAAUGAUAAAAGGCCCGACUCCGAUGCUUUCGGGAAAACAAAGGCUGGAUCGGAGGCUGAAAAUUCGAACGGCAAACAAAAACCGCCUCCUCAUACCGACGACGACGACGACGUGGUCAUUGAUUCGGAUUCGAAUAAAACUGGACCAGCGGAAAAUUUUGGCAGCGACGCCUCAUUUCCCUCCAAAAACAACAGUCCGGUUCCCUCGAAGAGCCCGGAGUCUUUUUCGACUCGUACACCUGUGGAUUUUCAACAGGAAUCACACGGUCAUUCUCCAAUUUCUCAACGCACGCCUUCUCGCGAGUCCAAUUCGAACAUUGAACAAUCUCGCACUCCAGAGCCGACGAAAAGCCCCGGACCUCGCGAGGCAGAAGGCAGAGUCGACGUUAACAGGGAGGAUUCCGAGUCGCCGGUGUCCAGAAAACAGAUCAACGUCCCGUCGCCGUUUCCUCCAAAGUCUCUGGAAUCGACACCCGGAGGUUCGCCGCAACUUAGAAGCGAACGAUCGACGGUGAAUUCACCUCUCGCCAAUCAAGAAUUAGAGGAAAGACUGUCGGUCUCAGAAUCUCCGGAAGCUUCUCCGAAGUCAUUGACCCCAAAUAUCAUGGGACACGACGGCAGCAACGCGAGAUCUCCGUCUUCAAAAUCCCCGAUAUAUUCCUCUUCGCCAUCACCGAACCCACCGAAAUCACCGAUCUCCACGUCACAGUCGCCGAACGUUCCUGGCUCUCCUGUGACGGGCUCCCCGGCACCCGCAAAGUCUCCGACUCCGUCUUCAAAGUCGCUAAAUUCACCAAAGUCACCGAUCGGAACUCCGCAAACGCCAAAUCCCCCAAAGUCACCCGGUUGCUUGCGUACCGUGGAGGGAGACAAGUCCGGUCGAAGCACCCCGGAUGGCGAAGUCGGAAAAAAGCGCGCGACCUUUGCCAAGGAUUUGAUCAUGAGUGGUGCCAACAAAGACGACGAAAGCGCAGCUUCGACCUUGAGCGACGUCAAGGACGUUGAACUUACCACCCCCGAAGAAUCGUCGAAAGGUACGCCGACCACCCCGUCGAAAGGACCCCCCGGUACACCGAAAAAGAGCGCCACACCAACCACAGAUAGAAGUAGACACCGAUCCCGUUCUCCGAAAUCAGAGAAGGGAAAAUCACCCGAUAAAGAAUCGGCGGCCGCACGAAAUCGUUCGGCGAGAGAAUCUAAAGAACGCAGUAAGACUUUCGCAAAUCGUUCCAGGAAAUCAGAAGGGGACAACGAUAGCGGUGUGGACGAAUCGACGCAAGGACAUGAGCCUACUACGAACGGAGAUGCGGGAUCUCCAACGAAGGGACACUCGAAAAUUCCAGGCCCAAAAAGAUCUACUUCGAGUUCACCGACCAAAUCACCGAGCAAGUCUGCCAAAGGAUUACCCAAAACUCCCGACGCUGGCGUAGCAACCUCCGCAACUGCGGAUAAAAAAAAGCUACCGAUGAACAAGAUCCAAGUUGGCGCAGCGCCGUCGCCAAAUUUGAAAACCGUCAGAUCGAAGAUUGGUUCUCUCGAUAACACGAGCUACAGGCCAGGUGGAGGGAAAGUGAAAAUCGAAAACAGAAAACUCGAUUUCAGCAAGGCACAACCGAAAAUCGCAGCUAAAAAUGACAAGUACACACCGAGCGGUGGGGACAAAAAGAUAACGCAAGUGAAACUCCAAUGGAACGCCAAGCCAAAAGUUGGAUCACUGGAGAACUCGACGUACAAACCAGGUGGCGGUGACAAGAAGAUUGAAACGGUUAAACUGGACUUCAAGGAGAAGGCAAAACCGAAAGUCGCAUCCAAGGAUAACGUGAAACACGUUCCGGGAGGUGGUACCGUCAAGCUGAGGAAUAUCAAGGAGAAAAAUCAUCGAACGAAAACUUCUCCGACUACGCCGCCUGAAACGCCGCAGAAGGCAUCAGACGACAUCGAGACGUUGAAAAUCGAAGUGAAGGCUGAAAGCAAAGUGGGCUCGAUGGACAACGUCAAGCACAAGCCAGGGGGUGGCGACAAAAAGAUUUUCAAUGACAAGGACUACCUUCGACAGACAAGCUCCAACGUAGAAAGUUUAAGUGGCAGCGGUUCUCAGAGCCCCGUCCCAUCCGGUGCGAUCAGCGAGGGCAGAAAUGGUCUUCCGACUUCCGAUGAGAACCUCAACCAGGAAUGUUAAGCCAUCCUCUUAGCCCCAUCUCCGUUUUAUUACCUAACAAAUAUGUAACGAUAAGCCAUUCGGAGCUGCAGCUUAUUCAAGAUUUUCAAAGGCCAAAUAAUAUUCAUACUCGAUGCAUUAACAAACGUUUUGUUCUUAUAUAAAAUCUACAUAAAAAAAAAAAAAAAAAAAAACAGACUGUAAAAUUUCCUCGUCUCAUCACCUCGUGAGGAAGUUCCUCAGAAAUCCUCGGAUAUCUUGGCCUUUGAAAUGAGAUCAAGUAAAAGUUUUAAACGCAAAAAUUGAGUUGAUGAUCAGAUGCAGCCUUUUGAACCACCCAUGAAUCGGCAGCUCGCUAGAAUAGAAUACAGACUCCAAGAGUUUCUUUGACGUAAAAAAUAAAGGAGUAAUGAUUAAUAAACUAAGAAAUGGGUCUAAGAGUGAGUUAUCGGCUGCGUGAUCGCAUCCUAACACUUCUCUGCCUGCCUGCAGUGAUAUACCAGCAUACCAGACUCAACGACUAAAAAAUUAUUAUACUAGCUAUAAACCAUAUACCAUCUAAUGGCUCUGAUUAAGCACUAAUAAGUGAACCCUACCAUUUAGGUACACAGAUCUAUGACAACUCACAUUACUACACCAUACACUAAACACGACACUAGCGAGAUUCGGAAACUGAAGAAUCGAAAAACCAAAACUAAAUAAAUAAAUGAAACGUUUUCAUUUCGAUGAUCAUGCUAUAACUUUGUGUGUAGCAUGUCGCGUGGUCCAUUAUAUACUAUACAAUUAUACACUUACGGGAAGAGAGAUUCGCAAUGCCUGAUUAUUUAUUACGUAGCUAGUGAAAAGGAAGGACGGUCAGUACAGUUGUCGCAAUAAUUGAAGAGAACAAUGUUAUGACAUUUCGGUACAUUGAAACUUCUAUUACUUUGGAACAUACCGACGAUCAAACAACUGGAUAGGAUUAUAGUCGUAUAAUUUUUGAAAACCAACUAGAAAAACACAAUAUUUGAAUUGCGAAUAAUUCUUUCCCGCUUUGAUAUACGUUUGAUAAAUGUUGAUAAAUAACUUGACAAUUUUAUGUAUCGCGAUUGCGGUGUAUUAUUAAUAAUUAAUAACAGUAUAAGCACGUUGAAUGAAAAUCACUGUAUUAUUAUAAUUAUCGUAAUAGUAGAUUUCUUCAUUUGAAAAAUGUAAGGCACAUCUUUCUGAUACACAUACCUACGCAAAUACGUUAUCGUGUACAAAGUACAACUCUGUACUUCGUACGUAGUACAUACCUACACCGAUAAAAUUUCACAGCAUCGCAGUAAUUUGUACAUACAUACCUACUCACAUAUAUGCUGAGUGCUGUUUUUUUAAUGGCACUUGGUUUUUAUCCAAAAAUUAUUCGCGCACUUUCAAGUAUAAUCAUCUAUACGGUCGUAUCACUUUUUUCGAGUCAGUAGUCACACAAAAUUACAUUUUUUACGUUACCUACAUACAUUUUAGGAACAAAAAAAUCGCGCAUGAAUCUAGUACGUACAUGUAGGCACACAUAUUUCACUCGGACCAUCAAACACGAAAAAAAAAUUUCCAACUUCAUUAAUGUAUAUGGGACAGUUAAUAAUUGGUGUUAGAAAAAUCAGAAUAAAAAAAACAAACAUUUGUUAUGGAUAUAAGGUGGAGGUGUCCAACGGUCAGUGAGAUUUCGAGACUUUAUCAACUGGAAGAUAGGUAGUAAGUUAGACGAGAAACGGUCCAGUUUGUAUUUUAAAGUAUGUUGCAUAACUUUUACUGUCAUCGGUGCAGAAUCAUAUUAUUAUGACAAUGAGCGAGAAUUAAAAAGACUAUGAAAACGUGGAACAGUUUUAUUAAUGUAAAUAAGUUGAGAAAAGAGGUAAAAGGAAUGAUUUGAGGAUAGGAAAAACAAAAAAAGUAUAAAAACAUCUCGUUGCAUAAGUAGCAUAUUACACGUAUACCUGUAGGUAUAGGAAUUAUACAUACUUAUAUAAAAAAAAAAAAAAGGAGAAAACAUACAAUUAAAAUAAUGAAACGUGCAUUGGUUUUAUUGAUCGUUGUAAUAUCUAUUGUAUAUUUAUACUUUUAAUUUCGGACAGUCUUUGUAUACACGACUUGAACAUAUAAUUGCAUUUAGAACGCGUAAUAAAAAUUCUAAUCCUCUUCAUCAUGCUCUAAGGCAGCUAUUAUAUUACAAUAUACACAAGAACAAAAUUUCAAACAAAACGAGAAUUACUGCAACAUCGUAAUGAUUGCGCACAUAAUUAUAUAGGUAUUAUAAUGCAUGUGUGUAAAUUAAAACAACCGAAUAAAAUAGAAAUUAUGAAUAUUCUUGUUGCCUAAAAUUAAAAGAAAAACAACAAAAAAAAAAAAAACGCAAUUAUUACUCUGCCAGAAAUGUAACACUGUACCGCUUGUACGAUGUUCACGUAGUCGAAUCAAUUAUAUUAUUCGAUAUUUUAAUUUAUAUACACAAAAUCGAAGAACUAAAAUAUUGAUAAAAUUUUUACUAAGUUAUAAAUUAUACUGUUAUGUAAGAUGUGACAACCAUCCAAUAUGUAUCUAUUAUUAUUACUGCUAUUAUUAUAUAAUUUAAUUACUAGAAACUAAUUAUAAUAAUAUUUUUGUUUUUAAAUUCA